UGUGAAACUGGGAAGGAGCCACCAAUUUAGAAAAAAAAAAGAAUUUUAAAAAAAAAGAAAGAAAAGAGAUAAAAGGAAGAAAGAAAGAAAUGUACUGGGACACUACCAUCAAACCUGGAGACAGCAAAGACUCGAAAAUAAAGAUGGAGAUUUGCCAGACUGGAUAUUACACAGAGGACUUUAGGACACAGGAAGUGCCCGCAGGCUUUGACUUUGCAUCUUAUGACUACCUUGGUGAAGAACUGUCUUUUCUGUUAGACAGUAAAGCACCACAGCAGCAGUAUCCGGCAGAAAACAGCUAUCCAGAGCCACUGAAAGCUUCUCACCCAUAUGACUCUAAAGUGAACACCAGUGACACUGGCCUCUUCAACCUGGAAUCGUACCAGGACUUCAACUGGUGGGCUUCAUACCCUCAUGAUGGUCUAACAGUCGACCAGUCACAAACUGGAUACCAGGAAUCUCCGCAGACGUACCAGACCAUAGUGCCCCAGAAUGGGCAGUUCAGCCCGGCCAUGGAGGGCAGCCACAGCCCCUUCCUAACUGCAAAAGGAUCAAACACAUUACAAAGUGAGACAGAUCAGAGCUUCUCCUGUCACUCGGCUGAACUGUACGAAUCAGACAGACAGAGGCAGUCUUCUUCUUUCUGGCCUGAAUACUCCUCUCCCAGCUUCACUGCCCCUCUACCACACCAGUCUCCGACCUCCUGCUCCACAACCCCCAGUACUCAAUCUUCAGAUCAGUACUGCCCCCGUGUGGCCAAACGCAAAAAUACACUCCCUCAGAGACCAGUCAGGGAGGGCCAGAUGACAGGAAUGUCUGCUUAUCCAGGUUCUGGGCCAAUCCAGCUGUGGCAGUUUUUACUGGAGCUACUUCUGGACACUACCUGCCGUACUUUCAUCUGCUGGACGGGAGAUGGCUGGGAGUUUAAGAUGUCAGACCCCACAGAGGUGGCUAAGCGUUGGGGCCAGUGCAAGAACAAACCCAAGAUGAACUACGAGAAGUUGAGUCGUGGCCUGCGCUACUACUACCACAAGAACAUCAUCCACAAGACGGCAGGCAAACGCUACGUCUACCGCUUUGUCUGUGACAUGCAGGGCAUGCUGGGGAAGACAGCACAGGAAGUCCUGACCAGUCUGAACGUUUUGCCCACAAACACAGAGUCAUGGCAGUGCCCCGUUGUACCACCGGCAGUGACGUCAGAGCACAGCAGUGACAGAUGGGCGUCACAGUAGGGAAAGGAUCCUGUGGCUCUUGGUGCUGCUGGCUGAGAGAGACCAGCACAUUUUAACUGAGUACUGUGGCCUGCAAAGUAAACACUGCCUCCUUGAACUCUGGCUCAACUAUCCUCAUUGAGUGAUGUCAUCGCAGGCACCAGGAGCCAAUUUAAUACAUGUUGCAUUUCAGGGAAAAAAACAACAACAAAAGACUAAAUUCACUAUGCAAUUAGUUUUAAGGACAGUGUGGGACUUUUUCUUAAAUAGACCCAGGAACAAAUAGCCUCUUAACCUCAGGGCAAAAUAACUGCAGCACAGGGGGAGUUUUAAGCACUAUAAAUAAGAGCUGCAACCAUUAGUUAAUUUUCGAUUGACAGAAAAUUAAUCUGUAACCAUUUUGACAAUUAAUCAGUUGUUACUGUCUUUUUUUAAAUCAAUGAUGCCAAAAACGUAAUGGUUUCAUGUUCUCAAAUUUCAGAAUUUGCUGCUUUUCUUUGUCUUGGCUGUCACGUAUAUAUUUGGGUUUUGUAUUGUUGGUAAGACAAAAUAAGAUAUUUGAUGAUGUCACCUUAGGCUCCAGGAAAUUGUGAACUUUUUAGUUUAAAAAAAAUGUUUUAUAUGCAAAAGGCUAAUCAAUUAAUUGAAAAAUUAGUUGAAAGAUUAACAAAUAAUGAAAAUAAUCUUUAGCUGCAGCCAAUUAUAAAUACAACUAAUGCAGUAUUUUAAUUUGAUGUGUGUCUUUGUAAAUAGUGUUUAUAGAUUGCUAUGUAGAGUUUUGUGCAUUUAAUUUCCUUUUUUUAAAAUACAAAACUCAUGUCUACCUCUGUUUCUAAUGAUUUUCAGGCACUCACUGUGAAACUUGUAGCAUGUGUGAUAAUUGU